AAUAGGGUUUAAGCAUCGUCUCCCUCACUCCUAAACCCCUCCGCGACCUCUAUUCACUCCUCCGACCAUGAGAUUUCGAUCUCUACCGUCAAAAUCCCUCCUCUUCCGUCUCUCUCUUCUCCCUCCCCGUCGAUUCUUCACCAAUUCAUUUUCCACCACCGCAAGCUCCCCCUCCGGAUCCACCCUCUCUUCCUCCUCUCGGCGCCACCACCACGACGAAGACUCCCGAUCCGUCAGAGUCGCCGUCUGGUGGGACUUCGACAAAUGCACCCUCCCGGCGACCGCCAACGCCUUCAAGCUAGCCCAAUCCAUCACCUCCGCCAUCAGAAGCAGCGGAAUCAAAGGUCCCGUCACAAUCACAGCCUUCGGAGACGUUCUCGACCUCCCCAGAUCGAACCAAGAAGCUCUCUCCUCCACCGGAAUCACCCUCGCCCACGUCCCUCAAGGUGGGAAGAACAGUGCGGAUAGGGCUCUGAUCACGGAUCUGAUGUGCUGGAUCUCUCAGAAUCCACCUCCAGCUCAUGUCUUUCUAAUCUCAAACGAUGAGGGGUUCGCGAGCGUGUUGCAUAGGUUGAGGAUGAGUAACUAUAACGUUCUCCUCGCGAGUAAAUCAUCUGGUGUUUUGUGUAGUGCUGCUUCGAUUAUGUGGGAUUGGGAGGGUUUGAUUAAAGGAGAUAAUUUUAAUGUUAAGUAUUUUAACCAGCCUCCUGAUGGUCCUUAUAACUCUUGGUAUGGUCACUAUAGAGCUCCUCUUCUUGAUCCCUUUGCAGCUACUACUGAAGAAGAAGUGUCUGAGUUUAGUUCUGUUAGUAAAGCUCGUUUUGUUCCUAAAGAAGUUGUUGAGAAGAUUCGUGUGGUGUUGAGGUUGUAUCCCAAGGGGGUUUCUGUUUCUGAGCUGCGUGCUGAGCUGAGUAAGAGCAACGUGGCGUUAGAUAAAGAGUUUUACGGGCAUAAGUCUUUUGUUCGGUUUCUGCAGUCAAUGCCUGAUGUGUUUCAGGUUAAUAGAGGAAGUGAUGGUUUGUUUGUUGUUCGUGCUGUUGCUGAGAAGGCGAUUCCUAAGCGGGUUGAUUCAAGUUCUGCCGUUGAUGAGAAGAUUAAAGAGAAGGUGUCUGCUAAUGCUUCGACUCCGAAGUUAAUGACUGAUGUAGAAGUUGGUGGUGAUAAAAGGAAAGGAAGAGAUGUCUCGCUUAGAAAGAAGCAGGAGAGUGAUAAGAAUGUCAAGGAGAAAGCGACGGAGAGUUCUCAAGAGUCUGUUCUGGUCGGCCAGAAGGACGGUAAGGCAGAUGAGAAACCUGUGGAGACGAAUCAAGUCCCUGUUAUAACGGGAAGUGAAGAUUCCGUAGAAGAUGGAUUUUUUCACAAGCUGAAAAGAGUAUGGUCUGGUUCACCUGAGAUGGAAUCAGAGCGUAAGACAGAAAACAAAAGUGGAGACAAGGACGAAGGGGUUGUUAAUGAUGGCAAGGCUGAGGAUAAGGACUUGAGAUCAUCGAGUCAGGGAACUGAUUUCUCGUCCCAAAUCUCACCUUAUUUUGUCAGUGAAUCUGUAGAGGAUGUUAAAACAGGAACUGAUGUAGUAGGCAGUAGUGAUAAAAAUGCAAGUCCAGGCUUUUUCAGUCAGCUUCUGAAGAGUUUCAAGUUCUGGGGAAGAGACACAGACUCGAGUGAGAAUCAGAAGCUAGUCCAAGUACAUGACAUUUUCGCAAACGAGUCUUCCUGGGAUGAUGUUGAAUCUUUCAUUCAUUCUCCAAGAGGCUUUAUCAUUGUUUCCCACUCAAGGACAAGGGAAAUGAUAGCUAAAAAUCUGCAGAGGGAAGGGCCAUCGUGCCUUAAACAGCUUGAUGAGUCAACCAUGCUUCAUUUACUUACCUUAUUGAUAUCUCAUAAGAAAUGGAUUGAAGAAAACCCCUCUUCUUCCCCACCAUUCAGCGUCAUCAAAGCCUCUAGCCCUAGCCACCACGGUCAUGCUUCAAACGGUUUGAUCUCAAUAUUCUCGGAUUGUGCAAAAUCACAAGACGGUGAGAAAAAGUCCAAGAACGUCGCUCAUGCUGGAGUCUCUGUUGGUUGCAGAAGUAACGCCCUUGCUGAUUGUGAGAAGCUGAUAAAGAAGAUGACAGAGAAAAGCCCUGAAGGGUACAGCUUGAUUCGUUUUAGGAAAGACUUUUUAGAGGAGUACGGGUACCAUCUAGCUGUUGAGAAGCUCGGUUACAAGAAUCUACAGUCGCUGAUACAAGUGAUGCCUGGAGUGAGAAUAUCAUCUGGAUACGCUCUUCCUUCAGCUUCUAGUGGUAAGUCUACUACAAAAGAAGAUGAGUCUGACUCAUCAUUCGAGGAGCUAGGUCCAGUUUCUGAAGCAACGAGUAAUGACAAGACGACCAGAAAGCUUUCAGUGUAUGAACCAUCUCUCUCGGAGGAUGAAGAUUCUGGUUCAGAGAGAGAUAUCCCGAGGAAGAAGAGGCAGGUGAUGAGUGAAAAUGAUAAAGAUAGCUCGUUAUUGCAGAUUCUGGAUUCUUAUUACAAAAGCAAUGGGGAGGUUAAGAUGGAUAAACCAGAGGAGAGGAAGAUCGUGAACAACAUUAGGAAGCCAAAGCCUUCAAAGACAUAUUCUUUUGUUAAAGAUUCAGAAGUCCAGUGAGUACAAGAGUGUGGUUUAUAGUGAAGAAUCUCCCGGGAAAUUUAGUCUUGUCUAAAGCCGGUUUGAGAUUUGGUCUAUGGUAAACCGAACCCUGUUAAGGGGAAUAAGGUCAUACUGAUACAAACUUUAAAGUUUAAAGUGUAGUUUAGUGUCUAUGAAGAUUCCAUUAUCUAAUACACAGUU